UCCAGUUCACGUGAAUCCCCCUCAGUUGUCAAAGAUUGAAAGAGAAGAGAUCAAACCAACACACCCCACAACGUGGGACGACCCGAUCAAGAAUGAUCAUGUCAAAAAAUCAUCUCAAGUGAUCAUGGUAGUUACCGCAAACCCGGCCAAGAAACCCCGCCAUCAUAAUGUGAAGAGACCGAUGAGUUUAGGACUUCAAGUUGAGUCUGUGACCAGAACGAAAACCGGACAUCUGAAGGAGCACUUCACUUUGGGUGAGAAACUCGGACAUGGGCAGUUCGGCAAGACUUUUCUCUGCGUGGAGAGGCAAACCGGGAAGAAAUAUGCUUGUAAGUCCAUUGCAAAGCGGAGAUUGCUGAGCAUGGAAGAUUUGGAUGAUGUGAGAAGAGAAAUCGAGAUCAUGCAUCACUUGUCGGGCCGCCCCAACAUCGUUUCUAUUAAAGGAGCUUAUGAAGAUUCGGUGGCAGUAAACGUGGUUAUGGAACUUUGUACAGGAGGUGAGCUUUACGACAGGAUCGUUAAACGAGGACGUUACCCGGAGAAAAAGGCUGCUGAGUUUACAAAGACGAUAUUCGGUGUAAUAGAGACCUGCCAUUCUCUAGGGGUGAUGCAUCGGGACCUUAAGCCCGAGAACUUUCUCUUUGUCAAUGAGGAUGAGAAUUCUCCUAUAAAGGCCAUAGACUUCGGAUUAUCAGUCUUCUUUAAACCAGGGGAGACGUUCAGUGAUGUGGUGGGGAGCCCCUAUUAUGUAGCUCCGGAAGUGCUCUGUAAGUGUUAUGGAGCUGAGGCGGACGUAUGGAGUGCCGGUGUUAUAGUUUACAUUCUUCUGUGUGGUGUGCCUCCAUUUUGGGGCGAAAGUGAACAAGAACUGUUUGAAGAGAUUAUGUGUGGUGAUAUUGACUUCACAUCAGAUCCUUGGCCUAAUAUCUCAGAAAGCGCGAAAGAUGUAUUGAAGAAAAUGCUUGUGAGGGAUCCGAAAAGGCGGAUAACUGCUCAUCAAGUUCUGUGUAGGUUGAAGUCAUCCUUGGGUGCAUGCAGGUUGAGGGUGUGGCUCUUGAAGCCUACUGAUUCUGGAGUUUUGAGUCAAUUAUCUGCCAUAUAUGCCUGA